ACCUUUUCUUUUUGCUAACCCCUUCCGAAGCCUCUUUUACGCUGCGCUUAUCCCUCUCUUCGUUAACCCACAAAAGUCAUCAACUUUCUUUCCCAUUUUCUCAUGAUCCAAACAUUAAGAAAGUCACAGCAAAUUAAACAAGUUCUCUCCAUUUUUUAGAUCAUUUCUCCCAUUUUCCUUGUUUCUCAAGUACCUUUAAAUCCAGAAAAAGCUGCAUAGAAACUUGUACAGUUAUAAACCACCUCUAAACUCCAAUCCUGGGUCAUGUCCGCCCCUCUGGACCAACUGCCACCGCCUACGGUGGUGACUCAACAAGCCUACACGACGCACACGGGUCACGGCUCAGUCGGGCCGGUCAUAGCGGUUCUUGCGGUGAUCACCAUCUUGGGAGUCAUCGCCGGCAUGAUAGGAAGACUCUGUUCGGGUCGGCCCAUCAUGGGUCGUGGGCACUACGAUUUCGAAGGGUGGGUGGAGAGGAAAUGCUCCUCCUGCCUCGAUGGUAGGGUAGGCCCGCCUCCGCAACUACGAACCGAGGACAUUCCGGUGGCCGUGCCGGUGCAGGAAGCCCCACAACCGGAGAUAAAGGAUGAAGAACAGGGGCAAGCUCAGCAAAAACACCAUGGGAACCAUGAAUCUUGAAAUGGGUUUUCAGAAUUUCUUUAC